AUGAUUUAUGAGCACUAUGACAAGUUGGUCCAAAUUUGGGGAAGUACCCCCAAUGUUUCUCCACUGAAGUUUGGAGUGAGUGCAGAUAAUUUCAAAACUGUACAGGUAAUACAACUUGAUGAAAAUGAUGUUAACCUUGAGACUGACUGCAGUCCAGCACUCAACACUUCAGAAUCUGGUCAUGAUUUGGGUUUCCCUUUGCCUUUUGAACUAUUACCUGAUAUCAACGAUGAUGAAACUAAUGGUAUGGAAAUUUCCAAAACACCAAAACGGAAAGAAAAUGUUGGGAAAUUUGUUGAUGAUAAAAGAAAACAUCUACAGAGAAACCUGUCAGCUGCACAAAGAGACAAAAUGCUGUUAGAUGAAGCAAAAGAGGAUGCCCAAUUUAGGAAAGACAUGACAGAGGCUGUUCGAGAGUCCACUGAAAGUUUUAAGAAAUGA